UGCAAUCCCCCAACGACGAUGCGCUCCUCUCUCCUCCAUGUCACCCCGCACCCCUUCUCUAUCCUUCCAAGCCAUUCCUCCCUUGACGACACGUCUUCGCCGCGCCCUCCCCUUCGUGAGUUCCUCUGCUCCGUCCUAGCGGAUGCCACCCAGUUCCUUGGGUCCAUCCCCGACACAUUCCAGAGCAAUCGGGAACAGUGUCCAUCACCCCCGGCGUCCGCACCGGUCCAGGUUUCCAGUCGCAUCAUUCGGGACUCCCGGCCGGACAGCAUCCCCGAGAAGGAGUUUUGGUACUGCCGAAAUAGUAUCCACACCGACGCGUCGGUGGACGGCUCGGCGUCCUGGAAGGAAUUCCAGGAGGGGCUGAAAACGAACCAUGCCGAGAACGAGAUGGCUUACACCCCGAGUGUGACGGCGGUGGACCGAGUGCUGGAGUGGCCUUCCGAGAGAGAGAUCGAAGGUGGCUGGAGGGACGUGGAUAUGCAAGGCAUGUCGCCGUGCUUGUUAUCUAUAUGGAACUGACGAUGGGGGCUGACCAAUUCCGCUGUAGUCAAUGUGAUUACUCACACCUUCCAUCCGACCGCCUUGAUAUCUCCUCGUUCCUUCAUCUCCCUUUCGAUCUCCGCCCACCUCCCAGAGCAGACCGCCAGCGGGUUUGUAACUGUCCAGAUCCCCCUCGCGCACCAUCCGGGUUCUCUUCCCGAUGCACUUCACGCCAAGAUUGCCGCCUCGGCGCCUCGCGGUACCAUCUUCGCCUCGUACGCAAGUGUGGAGCAGGUGGUAGUUUUGGAUGCAGACCGGCUCAAGUGGACUAUGGCAACUACGUCGGACGCGGGCGGGGCGAUCCCCCGGUGGAUACAGCGGAGUUGGACACUGGGCGGAGUUCCCAAAGCCAUUGUGGCGGACGUGGGGCUGUUCAUCGCUUGGACGGCUCGGCGAAGAGCUACUCGACCCGUAAGAUAAACAUGACGAGUCCUAGGGGGUCUGGGAUGAGGGCACGGGCCUACGUGAAAAC